AUGUUUGAUACAUAUUUAGAUAGUACGAAACAAUAUUGCCUGAAAAACGAAUUAAUUCCAUCAAAAUCGAACAUUAUUUGUCAAAAUUUCAAAACUGUAUUUACGGAUUUUACCAAUGAAAUUUUAAAUAAGAGAGCAAACAUUUUGAAAACGUUAGGACAUCCUUCUAAAAGAGGAAGGAGAGGAUUAAUUAACGGUGUAGGUAAUUUAGCAAAUAUUUUAUUUGGAAUUUGCGAUAAUAAUUGCGUAGAAACUAACACGAAUAAUGUAUUACAAUUACAACAAUCUGACAAAAGUACGCUGAAUAUCAUGAAAUCACAAACGCGUGUUAUUAAAACAAUAAUGAAUCAAUCAGAGCAAAGUUAUAGGGACACUACAUUUUUACGUAAUAAAAUUAAUGAGUUUAUGGCAGAUAUAAGAAAUUUAUCAGAUCAGGUAAUUAAUAAAACCAUCGAGGUUGAUCAUAAAGCACGAAUACAAGAUUCAUAUUUGUUAUUAAAUUUAUUACUAGGUCAGUACGCAUUUGAGACCAAUUGCCCAUUUGAUGACCAUAUAUCAGAAAUUAUAAAUUUAGCAAGGGCAGGGCAAAUACAUUCGGGAGUUUUAUCGAACGAAGCAUUAUAUGAAAGCAUUGAAGAAAUUAAAUUAUCAUUACCUAAAGGUACAUCAUUACCGAUUGAUAUAGACAAUAUUGAACCUUUUAAUUUGUAUCAAUUAUCAGAGGACAGUGUUUGUGUAUCAAAAUCAAUUAUUGAUGUUUAA